GUCAGUAUGUGCGCAGAUAGACCGAAUAUCGACGGAUUCUGCCAUCGAUAGCGCCAGAAUAUGUGGCAGACGUGACGAAGAGAUGACGAUGAGGGACUAAAAGUCCACACAUACGCUUUCGUGCGAGGAGCAAGUGUGGCAAGCAAGCUUGGUGUUGUGAAUUUCUCCUCGUGAUGAUGUUGGGGUAUAAUGCUUGGAGAUAUUUUCAAGUAUCGUACCUUUCAGCUUCGUAAGCCCACAUGAGCUCGUAUAUAUCUCUGCGAAUUUCUCCCCUUCCAUCACAAGGGCGUCCGCAUACCGAGUUGGAGGUCACUGAGCAUUCAUUCAGCGAUAAGCGGAUGUAGAGAACUCUGCCCAGUUGAUUGUCGACCGAUCAGGGACUUGAGGACAUUACACACAAGUGCCAGGAAAAAUGGAUGUAGCCGUGGACGAAUCACCGCCCACCGGGCUCGGCUUGAGACGGCAGCAGCUUCGACAGACGGGUCCAUGUGAAAUUUUUGAGCAGGUAAAGGAGCAAAUGAAGGGCCCUCCGUUACGGUCGGUGAUGAUCAAGGUCGCCUUCCCAUUUGCUCUACUCAAUAUUGGAGCUUCAGUGCUCCUCACUUCCAGGAUCCCCAAUGAACCUUCAUGGCAGGUUUUGAUGGCCGCCACAGCUCUGGGACUGGCAACCUCUUGUCUCGGUCUCUUGGUCGUGGCUGCCACGUUCUUCACAGUGGGACGUCAGUACCGGGGAGAGAAGGUGACGCUGCAGGAAGCUCUCCGAGCUAUGCUGGGCUUGUGGCCAAAAUUGUUCGUCACCCAUCUUUAUAACGCGGGCUUCAUGUUCGCCAUAGCCACGGUGACUGUAGCCGCGAGCAUCAGCGUCAUCAUUAACGCCUCCUCCGAUGCUGUCAAGUAUUUCGCUUUCGUUGUGAUCGCCUUGUUUUUCAUCAUUCUGGCGGUCGUGCUGCAAACUUUGCUCCUCUUCGCGACCGCAGUUACCUGCUAUGAAAAGACUUAUGGCUGGGCUGCUUACAAGCAAGCGCAGAAGCUCCUGCAGCGCAAAUGGAAUUCGGUACCGCUCUUCGCGCUCAUAUUUUAUGUUUUACCGGUGAUCUGCGCCACUAUCACUUCAUAUAAAUUGAAGGCUGUACCGAAAACCUCUUUAUGGAUGGAACUGUUGAGGAUAAUUUCGUAUGCUUUCCUGAAUACAUGGUUUGAUCAGCAGUUACUAGUUUCGGGUGCCCUGUUCUACUUCUCCUGCUCUGAGAAAUCCGACGAGCAGAAUGUGAGUGAUAGCAUGGAAGCUGGGUAUCACUCAAUUCCCUCACAGGAGGUUUAGGUAACAGAAUACAAAUGGUGUCCGAUUCGUCAUUUCCUGUACAGAUAGAGAGCUCACAUCGUACACGUUCUCAAGCACGCAAAUAUAAGAACUUGGCAUUUGCAAGCUCCAGUACGACUUCUUCAAAUGUCCACUUGUAUUCUGUCUAAGCUUGUAUAUAGGACCUCUAGUCAUACGUCGACGAUAAGGAACAAUGAGACUUGACCAAAUUCUCAUAGUACAUUCAGCGGCAUAUUUUCAAAAGUUACGUGAUUUGGAGACAAUCACUCCUAUGUGCUGAGAAAAUCAGUACAUGUGGCUCACAUUUUCGGUCUUUCUCUUACUCCCGGACUGUGAAAUAUUCCUCUGUUUCGUGUUCUUGGGGGCUUUUGACUUUUUUCUGAUUCCUUGCAUUCUACGAGAUUUCAUCAUCCAUCAAUUCAUCUUUGCUGUAAAUAGCCCUGCUUGAAUAAACGAGUGCGGCCCCAUAAGCCUAGAGCGGAAUGCAAGGGCACGCACGCAGGUGUACAACAUUGUGUGAAGACCCAUGAAGGAUACAUCAGAACUGUAAAUCAUAAGAUAAAAUAACUGAAUGUAGAAGAAAGUACUCGAAUAAAACGAUUUUGGCGGAUAGUCAAAUGUCGUCGCCUGGUAGAUAAAGCAGAUCUAAGAAUGUAAGGUUAGUAGGUUGACAGCUCCACAUUGACCACUCACUCCGAAGGGCACCAGUGAAUCGGCGAGACACAUGUAAUGCUUGUACUUGUUACGACCAACGUGGAUUAAAUUGUUACUUUACACAACAG